AAUCACGUAACUCAGAACUUAACAUAGAGUUACUUAGAGAGUGUAAUAUUCUCGGAGAAAAGUUUCCUUAAGACCGAAAUUUCCAUUUAGUCAUUGAGUUAUUGUUAUAGAAAUUAUGAAUGUUAAAGAUACUGGUGACACGAGCUUUCACGAAAAAGAUAAACAUGACAAUGAAAACGCGAUAUUUACAGAUAUUUUACAUGAAGUGAACGCCGACGUAUUGCGGAAAAAAAUACAGGAAAUAAGAGAGGAUGUUUCGGAAUACGUUAACAACCGUGUUGAUGACAUGAUGUCUGAGAUUCUGCAGAAGAUACGGAUGCCUUUGACAAAGAAUGGGGAAUUCUUAUACAUGGACAAAUAUCGUGACAAAAGGAAAUCUAGCAAGACAGAUGCGUUGCCGGAUAAGGAGUUUCUCGAAAGAAACUCAAUAUUCACUGAUCUCUUGAAGAUCUCGCAUUUUCGUGCGAUAUACAAUCUGUUCGUAAUGAUCUUUAUAAUUCUGCUUAUCAACACCGUCGCAUUCGAUAUCAUGAAAACAGGAACGAUCCGCCUUGGUACCAAUACAUUACGGACUUUUUUCGCAAAAUUUCCAACGUGCCUCUACAUUUGGUCAUUCAUGCAAGCCUCGACACUCAGUGUCUACGUGACUUUUACCCUCUGGGCGCACCAACGACUCCAAUUAUUGCCAAAAUCCUCCAUCCAAAAAUUGUGGGAUUACAGCUGGCUAUCAAUGUUUAUAUUGUAUCAAAUUCUCUUUAUUAUUUUUUCUAUUAAGGCGAUGCUCGACGCGAAUCUUUCCAUUGGUUGCAAUAUGAUCGUUAUAUUUGAACAAAUACGUAUGACAAUGAAAAGUCACGCCUUUGUCAGAAGCACAGCACCCAGAUUUUUGUCAUACAAACCUCACACUGAAACUCCACGACCGAAUUGCCCCAAAUUCUCGCAAUAUCUAUAUUUCCUGUUUGCACCAACUCUUGUAUACCGCGACGAGUAUCCUAGAACGAAAAGAAUUAGGUGGAAGGUGGUAAUUCAAAAUUUCAUUGAAGUGGGCCUAGCAAUCCUUUAUUUCACCUUUGUCUCGGAAUGCUUUAUAUUACCAGUCUAUCACGUAUUCGGUACACAAUAUUUGGACCAAAAAUGGUUUAUCAUGAAUGCCAUUAACUCUAGUGUUCCCGGCUUUCUCUACUUUAUCAUUGGACAAUACCUUUUGCUGCAGUCGUGGUUGAACGCUUGGGCGGAAAUGUUGCAAUUUGCUGACCGAUUGUUUUACAAGGAUUGGUGGAACAGCACAAAUUAUCACACGUUCUAUCGCAAGUGGAAUGUGGUAGUGCACGACUGGCUGUACACAUAUAUAUAUAAGGAUAUGUACGAGAUUGUGGUGCCGCGCAAUCGGACGCUGUCAAUCAUCGCUGUAUUCUUCGUCUCCGCCAUUUUCCACGAGUACAUACUCGCGUUCAGCUUCGGCUUGUUCUAUCCGAUGAUGUUCAUCUUUUUCUUCGCCUUAAGCUUGCCCAUAUUCUUCAUCAAGUUUAACAACGUCAUAAUGUGGUUCGGUUGGAGCUUCGGCAACGGCCUCCUAGUCAAUUUGUACGCAAUGGAAUUCUACGCCCGGCAACUGUCCACCUCAUCCCAAUUACUACCUGGACCUGUUCAUACCGCGAAGCUGGAACUGUCAAAAGCAAUUUAACGUGUAAAUCUUUUUAUUUGCGUUAGCAAUAAAAUCUUUCAAUGAAACACUGUAUU